AGGACGGACUGCCCACCAUCUCUGACAUCUCCAGGCCCUUAAUAAAUACCCCGAUUUGCUGGAGCUUUUGCUAGACUUUACUCUUAGAGCGAAAGAAAAGAAGGAAGAUAGAAAUCGUAGAAGAAGAUGGCAGAGAAGAGAGGUAGCAUUGCCUUCUCCGCAACCUACCGACCACCGGUGCCGCUGGACAUAUUCUCGUGCCCGCUUCAAACAACAUCGAAGCAAGAUGAGCUUCCAAUGACUGACGGAGUGAACUACAAUUACAACGGCCAAGAAAUUUCAUCGGCGGCUCUCAAGACAAUUCUCAAGCGCGAAAAAUUGGCUUCCGAAGGCAAAGAGGCCGAUGUAAAUUCAGGUCGUCUUAGGGGCAUGGUUUUCGUCUCCGAACGACAAGGCCUCGAAUUGCUUCACAUAGCUCUCCGCUUCAAUGACAACCCACCCAAAGUCAAAGUCUUCUGUUUGGCUGAUGUUUUCGGCAAAGCCAAUUUCAGUGGUGUUCGCAUGGAAGACAGUGGUUGCAUUGCCGGUGAUAAUCUCGUCUAUGUUACCACAAAGGACCCCGCCCCUGAUCGUCGUCAGCCCUGGACUGCCGUCUAUAAAACCAAUCUUAAGACCGCAAAAACCGACCGCCUCACCCCAUCAGGGAAAGCUGAUUUAAGCCCCUCGGUUGCACCGUCUGGGACGAAGAUAGCAGUGGCGUCGUUCCAGGAAAAGCCUGGUGGUUGGGAUGGCGAGAUCGAAGAUCUACAGACUGAUAUUUUUGUGAUGAAUGUAGAGAAGCCCUUCAACCGCAAGAAGGUUGUAACGAAUGGUGGGUGGCCGACGUGGGGAAGUGACAAUGUCAUAUUUUUCCACCGCAAGGAAGGGGAAUUUUGGGGUGUGUUCCGUGCCGACCUCAGCAACGGUAUGGAAUCUCGUGUGACCCCGGACGGAAUUAAGGCGAUGACUCCAGCAGCCAUCAACGCCACCACAGUGGCAGUGGCAACUAUUCGUCAGAAAUCAGAGUUCCUGGAAGUCGUCCGUGUAGAAGCACAGUAUCGGCACAUUGAGAUUUUUGAUUCAACUGGACAGCAACAGAACAUACGAAUCACUCAAAAUACCAUGCCAAAGGCUGACCAUUUCAACCCCUUUGUGAUAGAUGGUGGGAAGCGCAUUGGUUACCAUCGAUGCACGAGCGACCGUCUCAAGAGUGGAGAAGAUAUCCAAAGAAAUACCCACAAGCUCGAUUCCCCGCAUCCGGAGGUAGGACUGUUUAGGGUGCCAGGAAUCUUUCCAACAUUUUCCAAAGACGGCUCCAAGCUUGCAUUUGUGGACAAUGAGUUCAAGGCCGUGUGGGUAGCCGAUAGCAAAGGGAUGCGUAUUGUUUACCAGACAAAAGGCCCAGACAACGUCUUCUCGCCAGUUUGGAGCCAAAAUCCAGAAAAGGAUAUAUUGUAUGUUAACAUGGGACCUUCUUUCCAAUCUAAAGAAAUACUAAACAUCUGCGCUAUACCUGACGUGGCCAGUGGUGCACAUCGUCGUGUACAACUCACAAAAGGUUCCAAUAAUGCCUUCCCAUCCACCAAUCCAGACGGGACGAAAUUAGUUUUUCGAUCUACAAGAGAUGGAGGGGAUGAAAAACACAAGAAUCUGUACAUAAUGGAGAACGCACAAUCAGGGGAAUAUGGAGGAAGUGAAAUAACAAGGUUAACAAAUGGGCCUUGGACUGACACACAUUGCCAAUGGUCCCCAAGAGGAGAUUGGAUAGUAUUCUCGUCAACCCGCGACAAGCCUGAAGGUACACCAGAAAAGGACAAUGGUCUUGACCCAGGAUACUUUGCGGUGUUUCUAGUGAAGGCGAAUGAUCCGUCAGUGGUAGUAAGAGUGAUGACAAGUGGAAUUGACGUUGCAGGGCAUGUGAACCAUCCAUUCUUCAGCCCGGAUGGAAAGAGCAUUGUUGUGACUGCAGAUCUUGCUGCAGUGUCUGCUGAUCCCGUAUCUUUGCCUCUCUUCCUGCACUCUGUGAGGCCUUACGGAGAUAUCUUCACUUUCGACAUUGACCCGGAUAACAUAAAUAAGAACAAGAAUGUGAAGAAGUUCAAUCGCAUCACACAUAGUAGAUAUGAGAAUUCCACUGCUACUUGGACCAUGUUCUCAACUCAAGACCCGAAUGCUGCAUGGAACAUGCUUUUAAACAAAGCCUUCACUCCAUCUUGCCCUUAUGCACACAGCGAUGGAGGUGAAAGUUGGCACAUGACUGGCCACCUUUGCAUUCCAAAAAGAUGUUGUUGAUUGCCUUUAUGUUCCUAUCUCUUCUUUGGUGCUUUUAGUGGUCUUUGUGGAUGCUAUGGUAUUUUGCUAUUGAACUAUUCCUGGUGUUCCUCGUUUGGUGCUGCUGUUUGGUGGACGGGCAUAUUGACGAUUCUGUCUGGUUUCCUAGAGGUUGGUUUGAAAGUGCACUUCCAGAGUUCCAACAGAUGAUUACUCAGUGUUAACUUUCCUUCCUCAUUGUCGUUAGCUGUUUUUCACUCAGUGUUUUGUUCAGUGUUUUUUUGAUUGUUGCAGACUGCUUUCUGUUUUUUUUUUUGGUUUCCUCUCUAGCUGCUAUGCUUAGCUAGUAGGCUUGUUUUGGGGAAGUUGUCUUCCUGCUUUCUACUUUCUAUUAUUGCUGUAUCUCAUGGAUUCUCCCAUGUUUUCACAAAUAAUAUUUUCUUUGCUGAUUAAAAAAAAAAAAAAA